CAGUCUGUCAAACUGUUUUGUUGUUUAUUGCAUUUUUACCUUAUUGUUAGAGUAAAUAAUUUAUACAUUUAAUAAUAAUUUUUUUUUGUUAAGUGUAAUUGAAAAUUUAACUAAUUCAUUAUAAUCAUGAUCAAUAGUCUAUUUAUUAUUAACUCUUCUGGGGAUGUGUUCAUGGAAAAACAUUGGAAGAGUGCAGUAGCUAGGUCAUUAUGUGACUAUUUUUUUGAUCAACAGAGGAGAGUUUUAUCUCCUGAAGACACUCCUCCUGUUAUUGCUACUCCACAUCACUAUUUAAUUAGUAUUUAUCGAUGUAAUAUGUUCUUCGUUGCAGUUUGCACGACAGAAGUACCACCUCUUUUUGUUAUUGAAUUUUUACAUAGAGUGGUUGAUACUUUCGAAGAUUAUUUCAGUGAAUGCACUGAGACUAUCAUCAAAGAAAACUAUGUAGUGGUUUAUGAACUGUUAGAUGAAAUGCUGGACAAUGGCUUCCCGUUAGCUACUGAAUCCAAUAUUUUGAAAGAACUUAUCAAACCGCCCAAUAUUUUAAGAACUAUAGCAAAUACUGUUACUGGAAAAUCCAAUGUAAGUGCAAUUUUACCCAGUGGACAAUUAUCUAAUGUUCCCUGGAGAAGAACAGGAGUUAAAUAUACGAAUAAUGAGGCUUACUUUGAUGUUGUGGAAGAAGUAGAUGCAAUUAUUGAUAGAACUGGUGCAACUGUUUUUGCUGAAAUUCAAGGAUAUAUUGAUUGUUGUAUUAAAUUGAGUGGAAUGCCUGAUCUUACCUUGUCUUUCAUGAAUCCACGAUUGUUUGACGAUGUUAGUUUUCACCCGUGUGUUAGAUUCAAACGAUGGGAAUCAGAAAGAAUAUUGUCUUUCAUUCCUCCUGAUGGCAAUUUUCGUCUUCUUUCUUAUCAUAUUGGAUCGCAAAGUAUUGUAGCCAUCCCCAUAUAUGUUAGACAUAACAUCAGCCUUAAAGAACCAGGAGGCGGUAGAUUAGACAUUACUGUGGGUCCAAAGCAAACUGUUGGAAGAACAAUUGAAAAUGUAACGUUGGAGAUUCCAAUGCCAAAAAUCGUCCUCAAUUGUACCUUGAUACCAAAUCAAGGUAAAUACUCAUUUGAUCCAGUGAGCAAAGUUUUAUUUUGGGAUAUUGGCCGAAUAGAUGUAUCAAAGUUGCCUAAUCUACGAGGAUCAAUUACUAUCCAAAAUGGAGCAACAGCUUCUGAAUCGAAUCCUGCUAUUAAUGUACAUUUUACAAUAAAUCAGCUAGCUGUAUCUGGUCUGAAAGUAAGUGGCUUAGAUAUGUAUGGUGAAAAAUAUAAACCAUUUAAAGGAGUUAAAUACAUAACUAAAGCUGGCAGAUUUCAAAUAAGAAUGUAAUAUUGGUUCACUUGGAAACAAUAAGAUGAAAUGUAAAAUAAAUUAUUAUUAAAAACUA